AAACCUUUCAAUUUGAAAGUAUUCAAACAAUUUCGUAUUGUUUCCAAACAGUGGCGUUUCUUUCCUGUUGUAUUGAUCCGCUGGCGGGCUAUAAAUUUCAGGACUCCGCUACCAGUAACCAGUCCUAUUUGGCCAAUAGGUGCUGCCACCUGCUGAUAUGAUCCUCCAAAUGGAAUUUCCUCCAUAGAAGCCGCCUUAGGUUGACCGUCAGGUCUCAUGGAUACUAAAUUACAGCUUUAGCAUAAUCCUAAAGCUCCUUUGGAGCAAGAGAUUUACCAAUACAAAGAAAAAUAAGAUGAGUGGAGGUGUUUAUGGUGGUGAUGAAAUAGGUGCUUUAGUUUUGGAUGUUGGUAGUAAUACGAUAAGGGCUGGAUAUGCUGGAGAAGAUUCUCCAAGGUUUGAUAUACCAACAACAGUUGGUAUUUGGAGGGAUUCUGUGAAUGAAUACAAAACGAGAUAUAACAUAGGAACGGUUUCUUUGCACGUCACUCGACCGGAAAUGGAAAUGGGAACAUUUUUAAGAGAGGGAAUGGUUGAAAAUUGGGACAUGUACGAAAAUGUUGUUAAUUACGUUUAUUAUAAACUCCUCCAAACUGAACCACAUAAUCACCCAAUUUUAAUUUCAGAACCAGCCUGGAACAUCCAACAAAAACGUGAGCAAAUGACUGAAUUAAUGUUUGAAAAAUACAAAGUUCCCGCUUUGUAUUUAGCGAAAAGUCCGUCAUUAGUCGCUUUUGCAAACGGACGUUCAACUUGUUUAGUUGUCGAUAGUGGCGCAACUCAUACAUCGGCAGUUCCUGUUUAUGAUGGUCACAUCAUCAGCCAAGCAAUGGUAAAAUCGCCAGCGGGUGGUGAUUAUUUAACCGCACAAUGUAAAGUUUACCUCGAAGGAAAAAACAUCGACAUCGUCCCCGCCUCAAUGGUCGCCUCAAAAGAAAUAACACGACCAGAUGAAAUCCCAAAUUGGAAAUCCAGAAAUUUACCCAGAAUGACCACGUCAUGGCACAACUACAUGACCAAAGAAGUCAUGCAAGAUUUCCAAGCUUCCGUUUUACACAUUUCCGACUCUACAUACGACGAGGAAAUCGUCAAAACCAUGCCAGCUAUUCAUUACGAAUUUCCCAACGGUUACCACAAAGAUUUUGGCGUCGAACGAUUUAAAAUAACAGAGCCAUUAUUUAAUCUCACCGCUAGAAACGGUUGUGGCAUUCAACCAACUUUGGAUGUUAGCACACUAGUUACCACAAGUGUUGGGAUGUGCGAAAUUGAUCAUCGACCUACUAUGUAUAGUAGCGUUGUUGUUACUGGAGGUAAUUCAAACAUCCAAGGUUUUACAGAUCGAUUAAAUCGAGAUUUACAAAGCAAAGUUCCACCGAGCAUGCGUUUAAAAAUAAUUAGCCAAGCUGGAAUGUCGGAAAAACGAUUUGCAUCAUGGCUUGGUGGUUCGAUUUUAAGUUCCUUGGGUACUUUUACUCAACUCUGGGUUUCUAAGCAAGAAUACGAAGAAGUGGGUAAAGGAGUUGUAAGAAAUCGGGGGUGUUAAGAAGACUGAUUUUGGUCGUGAAUAAAACAAAAAAUGAAGAAUAAAAAGACAUGAAUUUGUAAAAGCUAAAAUAAGUUCCUAUUUUAAAUUAACCGCUUAUUAAUUUUUUAAUAUAUUUUUUAUACUA